UGCAAGACUCAUUUGAACAACAAUUCAUCUCAAUUCUUUAUCUGUUUUAGGAAGAAGAGUAUAAGACGAAAAAAAAAAAAGAUGCAACUCAAGACUCUUCAGAAGCUGGAGCUGCCGGCCGCAGCGGACAUGCACGUCCAUUUGCGCCAGGGCGAGAUGAUGGAGGUGGUGGUGCCGACGCUGGAGCAAGGAGGGAUUGACACUGCCUUUGUUAUGCCGAAUCUUGUGCCUCCCUUGACGACUGUUGACCAAGUCGUGGACUACCAAGGCAAGCUCCGUGCUAUUGCUCCCAAUGUCCAUUUCCUCAUGUCCCUCUACCUUCACCCCUCAGUCACUCCAGAGACGAUAGAAAAAGCAGCCCAAGCUGGUGUUACUGGCGUCAAGUUGUAUCCGCAGGGCGCAACCACCAACUCUGAGCACGGAGUGGCUAAUAUCGAAGCCUUCUAUGAUACCUUCGCCGCCAUGGAAAAGCAUGAUCUUGUGCUCAACCUGCACGGAGAGGUCCUGGAGGCUUUGGCUCCGGAGGGCACUACGCUUGAAGAGGCUUUUCUUCCCACCCUCAAGCAGCUCCACGAGAGAUUCCCCAACCUGCGCAUCAUCCUGGAGCACUGCACCACAGCUGCUGCAGUAGAGGCAGUCAAGGCUUGCGGAUCCAACGUUGGAGCUACUAUUACCGCCCAUCAUCUUUACCUGACAGAGGCUGACGCCUGCUGCGACCCCUUUGCAUUCUGCAAGCCUAUCCCCAAGAAGCCCACCGACAGGGAUGCCCUUCUCAAGGCUGCUGUCAGCGGCAACCCCAAAUUCUUCUUUGGAAGCGACAGCGCUCCCCAUCCGAUAACCUCCAAAACCUCCGCUGCCCAAGGCAAGGCACCGGCCGGUGUCUUUACGCAGCCGUACGUUACACAGCUCGUGCUCUUGGGACUGGAAGAGGGCAUUGAGCGGGGUAUCAUCAGCGAAGAGGAUGUGACCCAGGAGAAGCUCGAGGGAUUCCUCAGCAAGUUUGGUAGACGCUUCUAUAAGCUGCCCGAAACCUCUGGAAACUCGCUCCUGUUGGAGAGAAAGGGAGAGAAGAUUUCAACGAGCGUGAAGAGCGAGAGCGGAGCUGUCGAGGUUGGCAUUUCGAGAGCAGGUGCUGAAGUCUUCAGUCUGACCUGGGUGAAAGGGGCAUGAGAUGUUUACAGACCAACAAGGGGGGGAUGAAUGUAGAUUGAGAGACGCUUCGCGGCUCUCGGCAAGUGCUUCCACGGAGGACUCCGAAAUCUCUGGGCUGCGGGUAUUGCGGAGAAAUAGGGUAAAUCUUGGCGGCGAUCGAGUCUGCGAGCCGUAGCGAUUUGAAGGUGUGUAGCAGAUUGAUAGCGAAAUUUUGGCAUCAAGGGUCAAAAUGGUUAUGAUGAUGUACGACGUCGUGCACUCCUUUCAAAGGGGAUCUCACCUAUUUACUCUGAGUUUGUAGUGUGUUUUCUGAUUACUCAUAUAAAUAAUCUAUAAGAGAACGCGCUUUGAAUCUCAAGCUAUUAAGUUUAU